AUGGCCAUUGGGGUCUUGAAGGGCCAUCAGAACACUUACAGACACGACCUGGAGGCCUUUCUUUAUGUGUUUCUGUGGACAAUCAUAACCAAUCGCGCCGACGAUCCCCCGGAGGCGAGCAGGCUCCGCCAAUGGAGCAGGGGCACUUGGGACGAAUUGGCUGCACGCAAGUCUCGCGAUAUGGCCUGCGAUGGAUUUGAAGGGAUUCUGGGCGAGUUUGCUUUAGACUUUCACCCUCUAAAGCCACUUGCCGAACGGCUUCGGGGGAUAUUAUUUCCUCUGCGAGAGGGGACCAUGUGGGUUGGCACUGAUACCGAUGCAGAAGCAGUGGACGAGCUGUAUGAGCAGGUGAUUUGCGCAUUUGAGGAAGCAAUACUUGGUCUUGAGUCCCACGAGUAG